AUGCGGCUUUCAUGUGAAGUGGUGUUCCAACGUCACAAAGCCAAUCCAAAACAGCUACCAACAACAACGAAACCUCGAAAAGGUUUCGCAAUUUUGGAAAGGCUUCGACAGAAUCCCCCGCAACAUCAAAUACGAUUCGCUGUGUCAGACGAUAAAUCUGGGAAUAAAUUCGAUCUUAGCAAGGCUCCAGCGAUCAUAGACAGAUUCUUAAAACAGGGAAAAGUCACACUCACAUUUCAAUGUACUCCGGCUGUCACUGUUUUCAUAAGCAAGGCAUGCCCAGAAUCUCUUGCGACGUUCAUUGAUACUAUCAGAAAAAUUUUGCGAGGAGAAGCAGUCGACAUUCAGAAGAUUAAAAUCAAAAGUUCUGAUUUCAAACCAGCAACGAUUACAGUGAUGGCUCAACAGGACUACAAAAAGCAGAUGAUGUUAACUUCUGAGUUUCUCAGAACACUUCGAAUCGAACCUAUUGAUUUGCGGAAACCGGACAGAACAUGGAUUAGGUGCAAGAACAUCACUCAAUUGCUGAUCAAUGGAAAUGCAAUUGGAGAUCGUAAAACUGAUUUAGACGUUUUCAGUCAACUACCACAUCUGCAAAUCCUUGAACUAAAGAAUUGCCAGUUGGGGUCACUUCCGAUUCCAAUUUUUCGCGAUAUGUUCAAAACAUUGCCUGUUACAUUGAAUUCGUUAGAUUUGAGAGAAAACCAAUUGACGAUGUUUCCUCCCAUUUUCCAUCUCAGUCAGCUUCGUACUCUCAACGUAACUUUCAACAAUAUUCGCUAUCUUCCAUCCCGCAUUGGAUCGUUGCAAAAUCUUCAAAACAUUGAUCUCAGCCACAAUUCGAUGACAAUCAUGCCUUACAUAUUCCCGAAAAUUCCGAGCAUACAGCAUGUGGGGAUUCAUGCCAACGAUGAACUUGUAAGAUUAGAAGAAGAAAUUGGUCCUUUGAUAGCUAGUGAACUCGCCACCAAAGUUGAUAACCGUGACUAUGCUCAUGAAGGAGGAGUAGACACUUUGAUGACUAUUGCGGCGAAUGCCAUUCAUCGCGAAGAAAAUCGAAAUUCGUUGAAAGUCUGCCCUUACUUCUUGCCACUCUGUUUGCGAUUUCAAGUGGAAGAUUUGAUUUACGAAAAGCCAGGAAUUUCAGCUUUGGAAAUGUGCACGAGUUGCUUACGACUUCGACAUAUUCGUUACAUUCGACCGCAAGUUAUACAAUCGAGACAAAUCGCCGAUGCAGUUGAUGUCGUAGACAGAUUUGUAGUCUUCAACAACCUAUUGUGCAUUGACUGCCAUCGUCGAACCCCACAUCAUCGUGCGCUCAGGACAGCUCCACUUCAACGAGAUUUCUUCAAUUUCUCACUCUAG